ACCAGGACCACGGUCUUGCAUACUGCGUUCUGAUUGGUCCAAACGCAGAGCUCGUAAUGUUCAGCGCUCCCAUAUAAACCCAUGCAGACUUGACAUCGGUUCUAUCUGUCAUGCAAGUCCAAAGGAUAGCGAGGAGCCCAAUGUAAAGAAAUUGCUGGCAGCUUACUUGUAAUAGCCUACAUCUUUUGUGUUUUCGCCGCUGCAGAAGGUUUUGGAGCGUCAUUCUUAUGAAUUACACACAAAGCAGGAGGCGUCUCUUUAUAUUUAGUUGUAUAAUCUGUGUUGAGAGGACGAUGCCUUUGAGGACCGGACUUUUUCUCCUGAUGGUGCUGAACGCAUCUGCAUAUGAACUGGAUCAAAACGAGUCCUAUUCGCCCAGGAGAGCACGCUUUUCUGCCAAUAGCCCUUCAGAUGUGGCACGCUGUCUCAACAGUGCCCUCCAAGUUGGCUGCGGAGCUUUCGCCUGCCUGGAAAACUCAACUUGUGACACAGAUGGCAUGCAUGACAUCUGCAAGUCCUUCCUAUACAGUGCUGCUAAAUUUGACACUCAGGGUAAAGCAUUUGUGAAGGAGAGCCUUAAGUGCAUUGCGAAUGGCAUCACCUCGAAGGCAUUCCUCACCAUCCGCCGCUGCUCCACCUUCCAAAGAAUGAUAUCUGAAGUCCAAGAGGAGUGUUACAGCAAGCUGGAUAUCUGCACAGUUGCCCGAUCAAAUCCAGAUGCUAUUGGUGAAGUGGCACAGCUACCGAGUCACUUCCCCAAUAGGUUUUAUGGUAAGCUGCUACAGAGCCUGAUGGACUGUGAUGAGGACACGGUGGACCGCGUUAGGACCAGCAUGGUGUCGCGGCUCGGCCCAGAGAUGAGCAUGCUUAUUCAGCUGCUGCAGAACAAGCCCUGCCCAUCCACUGCUGUGGCUGCAGCUGCCGCCAUCCCAACUGGAGUGGAGGGCCGUGGGAGCUGGCGCUGGUCCAUGGGUCCCCAUAUGUACAAGAUCCAGCCUAAUCUGCGAAACAGAGACUCUGCCAGUAAUUUUGGCAAAAAGCGCUCUGCCAGUGACAGCUCCUAACUUCCACUCAGAAACUCCACACACUCCUCAAAACAUCAUGAAAGCUCCUCUAUUCCCUAGCGGUGAUAAAAUACAUUCCUCCGCUAGACUGGAAGUUACAGAAAUAUGCACCUCUAGGGAAUGCCGGAACGCCCAUAGAGUUGAUAUCAGAGUUUGAUCGUUGUUCUAUUGUAUAUCCUACACUUUAGGCUUGAGAGAACACCCCCCCCACCCCCCAACCAUCAACUGUUUUCAAACACGUCCGCUCACAGUUAGUGUUGAACAUGUGGCUUGUUGCUCCUGUGCAGCACAGUCCUGCUCACUCCUCCUCACCUCCUCCGACAGAGACAAAUCCUUAAGAUGUUUUUCGACGCCAAGCAAAACAUUUAAAAAAAUUAAAAAAAAAAAAACUAUUUAAAAAACAACAGCCAUGGUGGUUCACACCUCUA